AUGGCCACGCUAGACGACGAGCUCCUCCUCAUUGCGGGGAAAGGCAGAAACAAACGAGGCAAGCGUGGCCGCAGCGAUUCAGAGGACGACGAGGACUGGGACGACGAUGAUGAGUACCAGGACAGCGAAGAGGAGAAGAAGCCUGCCAAGAAGCGCUCUGCCGCGGCCAAGGCCAAGGCGGCGAAGCAGGAGCUGGGCGAUGAGGAUGAGGACGACGAUGAUGAGAACUCGGAUGAUGAGGCGAAGCUGGCGGCGAUGACUGAGCUGGAGCGGGAGCUGUACCUGUUUGAGAGGGACGAGCGGCGUGCGCGCGAGCGCGAAAAGCAGCAGGCGCAGCAGCAGGCGCGGAAGGCCAAGGAAAAGUCUGUGGAGGUGCGGGCCUCGUCCAGACGCGCGCGGCCCGCCACAGGCGCGGACACAGCAAUCGGCAAGCUGGCCGCAGCCCGUCAGCAGCGCGAGAAGCGCGCCGCGCGGCGCAAAGAGGAGGAGGACGAGGAGGAGGAGGAAGAGGAGAAGGGGGAGGAGGAAGAAGAGGAAGAGGAGGAGGAGGGCGCGGCCGAGCCGUCGACAAGCGAGCGAGAGGAGGAGGCUGCGGAGGAGGCUGCGGCGGCGCGGCGGUUUGGGGCGCGGGGGGCGCGUGGCUACGACGAAGGCGAGGGCGUGGAGGGCGAGGAGGAGGAGGAGGAUGAGCCGGCUCUUUUGGCGUCUGUGCUUCAGAUGCAGCUGAAGCGCGACAUGCUGGAGCAGUGGCACAAUCAGCCCUUUUUUGACGAGGUGGUGCGCGGCUGCGUCGUGCGCAUCGUGUACGGCACCUUUGUUGACGCGGCCGGCCAGAAGCAGCCCAACUACCUUAUGAUGCGCGUGGUGGAGGCGACGGACCGGCAGCCGUUCACGCAGCAGCCGGGGGCGCGCACCAGCAAGCAUCUGGUGCUGGAGGACGGCGGCCACAGCAAAGCCAUGCAGAUGGCCCAGAUCAGCAGCAAGGAGAUCACCCAGGAGGAGUUUGACCGCUGGAACCGCCACUGCGAGCGCGGCCAGGCCCGCAAGAUCACGCGGCGCGACGCUGCGACGGCUGCCGCGCAGAUCCAGAGGGCGCUCAACUACAAGUUCACGAAGGAGGACAUCCAGCGCAAGCUGGCGGCCAGGAGGGAGAAGGGCGAGGUGGUCGGCGGCCUGGUCACGGAGAAGGCGCGGCUGAGGGGCCUGCUGGAGGCGGCGCAGUCGGCGGGCGACGCGGAGGCGGCGGCAGAGUUGAGGGCCAAAUUGGAUGAGCUGGAGGCCAACCAGACUGCCCAGAGGCGCGCAGCCGCCGAGGCCAAGGGCGGCAUGGCGAGCAUCAACGCCCGCAACCGCACCGCAAACUUUGAGAAGGCCCUGCGCAACGUCGGCAGCCGCCCCGAGGGCGACGCGGGCCGCGGGGACGGCGGCACGGACGUGUUCUCUCGGCGGCAGACGCAGUCCAAGGUCUACUGGCAGACCGGGAAAAAGGCGGACGCGAAGGAGCAGCCCGCGGGCGGCACGCCGGAGCCGCAGCGGCGGCAGCAGCAGCAGCUGGAGGCGGCGGCGGCGGGGCCCGGUGGCCCCGCGGCGGCGGCGACGCACAAGCUCAGCCGGACGCUGAGCAAGAUGGAGCCGUCUGAGCUGCUGGGGUUGCUGGACAUCGGGGUGGACCUCACACUGCUGCCCGGCGGCGGCGACGGCGGCCCCGGCGCGGCGGUCGCCGCCACGGCGCGCCGCAUGCUGGGCGGCAGCAAUCGGUGGCCGCUGAGCGACGCGGGGCGGGCGCUGGCGGUGGGCGCGCCGGCUGUGGGGCCGCGCGCCGAGGUGACUUUGAGCGAAUGGUUCCGGCGGAUGCAAUCGACUGCGCACUAG